GUUGACAAAGCUGCGGACGAUAGUGGCGGGAGGAGCAGCCAUGGAUAUACGAAACUAUUUUCAACCAGUCGGAAGCAAAAAGUCUGGGAAAUCUUUGAGCACAUCAAAAGAUACUAAAAAAAAGAAUGUGAUUGUUGACUCGGAUGAGGAGGACCAACUUCCCUCUGCCAGCAAGAGAAAGAUCAUUGUGGACUCUGAUUCCGAUGAUGACUUGUUCAAAACCAAGAACAAGAAAAAGGUCAAGAAAGAAGAGAAGGUCAAGUCCAAGCCUCAGAGUCUGCCUAAGCCAUGUUCUCCAAAGUUAAAGCCUGUAGCACCUACAGAUUAUUUUGGAAAGGAAUUAUUAUUCAGGAAGGAGGAAGCCAAUUUGUCAAUGAAGAGAAAGAAGGGUGAUGGUGUCAAGGAAUGCCACAGUGAUACAGACUUUGAGAAGACUCUCCACCAGCUUGACCACCAACACCUGCCAAAGAAACCAAAAUCCUCCUCACAUAAGGAAGACAAACCCAAGCCAAAUGAGGACUGUCUUCCAGAUAAGGAGCCUCCUAAUGACUUUGAGAAGACUCUCCACCAGCUUGACCACCAGCACCUGCCAAAGAAACCAAAAUCCUCCUCACGUAAAGAAGACAAACAGAAGCCAAGUGAGGACUGUCUUCCAGAUAAGGAGCCCCCUCAACUGACUGGGCUCUCCAGCAAGUUGUCUGAGAAAUUAAAGCAGUUUGCGUGUAAAAAAGAAAUUAAUGAAGAGGAGAAAACCCCUCAUAAAAGUAGUUCUAUAGAAAGAAACAGAGAAAGUGUGCAGAAUCAUGAGAGGACAAAACAAAGUUCUGUUGAAAAAGUUGAAACAGAAACAAAGUGCAAGGGUAGUACAGUAAAGGAAAAAAUAUUUGUAAAUGAUGAUGAAAGAAGCAUUAAGUAUGAAAAGGUGAAAGAAAGUACAAGAAGAGAAGAAAAGAGAGCUAAAAAUUUAGAGAAUGUCAAAGAGACAGACAAUGUAGCACCAGAGGGGAAAAAAGAAAUAUCCCACAAAAAAGAGAAGAGAGAUACAAGUGCCGAGAAAAAGGUGAAGGAGGGAAAGACGGCAACACCUAAGAAGGAAGACAAUAACAAAGAGCCAGAUGAGGCAGAGUCCACUCCUCAAGAUAAGAAAAAACAGAGCAAAGAAGCCUAUAUGAAGUAUCUGAGGAGAUCUGGUCCAGCCAACCCAGGAAGUAAACUCAUCCCCCAGGGUGAACCAGAGUGUUUACAAGGCUUGGUGUUCGUGCUUAGUGGAGUGUUUGAGAGUCUGGAUCGAGAAGAAGCCUCGGAAUUAAUCAAGAAAUACGGAGGCAAAGUUACUACCUCGCUGAGUCGCAACACAACCUACCUGUUGCUUGGCUCAGAUGCUGGAGCCAGCAAACUUAAGAAAGCAGAGCAGUUAGGCACGAAACAACUGGAUGAGGAUGGCCUCCUGGAGUUGAUACGUACCAGACCCGGCAAGGGACCCAAGCCAAGUCUUGAUAAAGAAGGUAAGACUUCCAAGAAAGCGAAGUCCUUUGUGAAAGGUGAGAAUGGAAGAGUACCACAAGAGGAAGAAGCCGUGCUGAGUUUUGAGAACUCUGCUGCUUCAGGCUCCCCUCUCCUCUCCACCACCACCACCAAAACUCCAAGUCCAAAAAAACGCUUCUCACACUCCGACAAUUCUCAGGACACUGGGAGUCCAUCUUCCACCAGCUCUUCCCCUAAGACACAGUCCAUCUCAUCUCAAGAACUAUCCAAACGACCGAGUGAAGUACUCAUGUGGGUUGACAAGUAUAAACCAUCUUCAAUAAAGAAUAUAAUAGGACAGCAGGGAGAUCGCUCUAAUGUCAAAAAAUUGCACAUAUGGUUGCAAAAUUGGCAAAAGAACCAGCUGAGCGACAAAAAGCCACCCAGACCUAGUCCAUGGGCGAAGGAUGACAACGGAGCAUUCUUUAAGGCUGCAUUACUCUCUGGACCUCCAGGUGUUGGAAAAACUACAAGUGCACACUUGGUGUGUAAGGAACUGGGUUUUGAUGUUGUGGAACUGAAUGCUUCAGAUGCACGUUCUAAGAGAACUCUGGAUAAUAUUGUGUCAGAAUUGCUGUCUAACAAGAGCCUUGCAGGAUAUGCAUCAAGUCAAGGUGUGAGAGGCCCCAGCUCUAAACAUGUCUUGGUUAUGGACGAGGUGGAUGGUAUGUCUGGCAACGAGGACAGAGGAGGCGUUCAAGAACUCAUCGCUCUCAUGAAGAAAUCAAAAGUGCCCAUCAUAGCAAUGUGUAAUGACCGAAAUCAUCCAAAAAUAAGAUCGUUAGCUAAUUAUUGCUUUGAUCUAAGGUUUUACAAACCAAGGAUUGAGCAGAUUAGGGGACCAAUGAUGUCCAUCUGCUUCCGUGAAGGCAUCAAGAUAAAACCCGAUGCUCUGGAUCAAAUCAUUGUUGGAGCAAAUCAGGAUGUUCGGCAGAUUCUGCACCACUUGUCCAUGUGGUCUGUUAAUGCACAAACUUUACAAGUUGACGACAUGAAGAAAGAAGCAGAACGGGCCAAAAAAGACUUUAAAAUGGGUCCGUGGGAUGUGUGCAAGGCUGUAUUUUCAGAGUCUGGACACAAGAAUAUGAGUAUUCAUGAUAAAUCUGGCUUGUUUUUUCAUGAUUACUCUAUUGCACCUCUGUUUGUUCAAGAGAAUUAUCCCAAAGCUGUUCCUCACAUUGCUAAAGGCAACCGGCGCAUCACUUUGGAGCAGCUUGCCAAGACAGCUGGUAGUCUGGCAGAUGGAGACCUUAUAGAGAAAGCUAUUAGAUCUGUCAGUGCAUGGUCUCUUCUUCCUACACAGGCCAUGUUCAGCAGUGUGUUUCCUGGAGAAUAUAUGUCCGGACACCUGGCAUCACAGAUUGAAUUCCCACGCUGGCUCGGCAACAAUAGUCGUCGAAACAAAUUUGAUAGAUUAAUGCAAGAACUUCAAAUGCAUACAAGACUCAGAAUUUCAGGAAGUAAACUGGACGUUGGAAUGGACUAUUGUGGGUCUCUGCGAAAGGCUAUAACCACUCCGUUGGUUGAUAAUGGAGCAGACGGUGUAGCUGAUGCUGUGCUGGCCAUGACCUCGUACGACCUCUUGCGUGAAGAUAUGGAAGCUAUUAUAGAGUUGUCUAAUUGGCCAGGCAUGAAGGACCCUAUGAGCAGUGUUGAGAGCAAGGUGAAAGCGGCCUUCACCCGAACUUAUAACAAAGACAGUCACUUGAAUCCAUUUGCUACUACGACUAUCAGUAAGAAAAGAAAGGGAAGCAAAGUAGUGGAAGAGGACCCGUAUGGAGAAGGGGAAGAGGAUGACGAGGAGGAUGACAGCAUUGAAGAGGAUAUUACAGCAAGUGGCAUGAUCAAGACCAGUAAAGGAAGGAGUAAGGGUGUACAAGAAGGCAGCAGCAAGGGCCGAGGCCGAGGUGUUGAGAGCAGCGGCAGCAGCAAGGGAAGCGGCCGAGGAAGAGGACGAGGGAAAGGCAAGAAAUGAGAACAGGUACAAACAAAAUAAAGUACAAGAAAAUUAAGUAAGAUAUUGUUGAUAUGUUGUAAUCAUUAACGGCUGGAGAGUACGGGAAGCAUACAGGCUGCUGGUGAAGGCUGUCAACACAAGCACAGUACACUCUACUCUUCCUAUGUGAAGUGCGGCUGAAAGUAUAAGAAAUGUUUUGUGAUAAGGACAAAUUCCUGUAUACCUCAACUCUGUUAUAAUGUAUACAUUAGCAAAAUGUUUAACAAAGAUCUCCCAAAUAGUUGUUAUUUUAAAUGUUCUAUUUUGUUUGUACUAUAACCAUUAAAUUAAUUCCUUUUGA